AUGCAUCCGGGCCAUGUGCGUCCUUUGCAGGGAGAUCAGCCUCGCAGCAUCCACAUGCAGCCUGGCCCUGGCGUUCAGCGUUUUCCUUCCAGGUCGCAGAUGGGUCGGCCCGGGAUGUCUCAUCAUGCCAGCUCUGCGCCCGCGACACGCCUUUCCUCGCCAACCGGCGCCAUUUUAGGACACUGGGAAGGCAGCCCCGGCCAAACCCCGAAGACCACGCAACGCCAGCGCCCAAUGAUGUCCCACGCCGGCCCAGCCGGCUCCCCGGAUCCUCGUCAUAGUUAUGGUUCGCUUGGCCCGAUGACUUCGGGUGGUCGAUCGCCUUCUCCUGGCACUGUGCAGGGCCAGCAGCCUCGAGGGUCAUGCGCUGCUCCGCGACCGGAUCGCCUGGGUGUCGUGGAGGAGGACAAGCAGGGCUAUCCAACGCCUCGAGGCGCAUCUUGUGACCAUCACGCGGCCUCCACGCAAAGCACAGCUGCACCACCACAGGGGCGGCUCUCGACAGCCAGAAGCCCGUCUGUGCAAAAUCGAGACCGAGGUGCGCCAGGUUCAACCGCCCUCCGCGAGGCGAGUGCUAGCACGCGCACGCCGAAGCCGGAGGAUGGCCGCCUACAGUUCCUGGAGUCUGAGCUUGCGUCCUUCACCUCCAAGAUUGAGGAGAUGAGGGCCGCCGCCGAGAAUCUGCAGGAGGAGGUUCGCACAGCAAGGGCACCAAGCAGUGCUCCAACAACUACAGGCCAAGGGGUUUACGCCAGCAGCGUCAACAGCGAUUUCAGCUCCGCCAGUGGCCAGCUGAUGGAGACAUUGAAGUCCUUGGUGCAAGAGGAGUAUGGAAGGCCAGCUCAGACCAGCAAUGACUUGGUGCAGGAGAUACGCCAGCUGCGCCAGGAACUGAGGGUGGAAGCAGAAGCGAGGAAGCAGUUGAAUGUGAAGAUGGAAACAAUGUUUCUCGACGAAAAGAAACAAAGAGACGAGGCAUUGCGGCAGAUGGUCCAUCAGCGGGAGGAUGCUGAUGCAAAGCUGGAACAGCGCUGGCACAACACACUCAAGGAAGAGUCCUCGCUGCGCCGGGCGGUGGAGAGUCACCUGGAGGCAAGGCUCAUAGCCCUGCAGCGAGAGCUGCGUCUUGAAGCAGGAGCUGCUUCAGCAUCUGCCCAGCAGGCCAUCAGCGAGCUGAGCCAGCUCAGAGAUGGCCUUCGCCAAGAGAUGGAUGCCCAGAAGCUGGAGUUUGGACACGCCAGUGCAGACCUUGCAAGGCUGGUGGAGCAGCUGCGCAGCCGCAGCGGUGACCUCCCUGACAUCAGCGACAACCUGGUGCGUGCGGAGGUUAGGAGGCAGCUAGCAGAGAGGCCGCUUGUGCAGUCCAAUGCCGGUGCUGGACUGGAGCAGGCCUUGGCCAGCCGUGUCGAGCACCUGGAGCGUGCCCUGGAGAAUGAGGCCACCAGCCGCCAGGAGGAGAGCAGCAAGCUCCUCUCCACGUUGCAUGAGCUCGUGGGCGAGCUGCGGAAGCACCAGGCGGAGGAGUUGGGGGAGUUCGAGCAGCGGCUGCGCUCCAAGUUGGACACUGCCCGUGUGGAGGAAGAGCAGGCGCGAAACACAGCCCUGGCCAAGGAGACCAAGGAUCGAGAAGACACCUGCUGCUUGAUGCUGAAGUCCUUGGAGGAGAAGAUCGCUUCUGAGACUAAGCGCUUGGAGCAGCUCUGUGCAGGGCCCGACGCUCGCAGCCACGAAAGAGAGCUCCGCGCUAGCCUUGAAUCCACUGUGACCCGCUUUGUGGAGAAGACCUCUAAGGAGCUCCUGACGACGCGCCAGGAUUUGUUGGAGCUCCGAGAAGAGAUGCAAGAGGUGAGUCGCUCAAAAACUGGAAGUGAUGGUGCUGCUAUGCGGGUGGGCUCGUCACCGCAGAAUGGUGGUGAUCUUGAGCGGCUCAUGGACGGUCAGACAAAGCUCUGGGCCAGCAUGGACCAGGUGCGCGGCGACCUGCGGGAGGAGAGUGCCAACCGCAAGCAGGAGAUCCAGCGGCUCAGGGAGUUGACAGGACCGGGAGGCUCGUUGGAGGUCGAGGAGCUGCGAGUGCAGCUGGCACACGAGCGCAUCGCGCGUGAGCAGGGGGACGACAAGUGCAUGGAAAACCUCCGGGACUUGUUGCACGAGGAGGAAAAGAAACGCAGCCGGGACUUGCAGAGCUUGGAGUUGAGAUUUGGCCGGCAGGACAAUGCUGGAGCACGGGUGUUUGCAGAGCAACCUCGUCCAGCCACCACUGCUAAUGCUGGGCCAGGCGUCGUUGCUGUCAGUGACCGUCGCGCACAAACCAUCACAACAAUGCGGCCUGGGUUCAAGCCUCCAAGCUUCUCAGCCUGA